AGCACGCAGCUGCAUGGCAAAUGUCUGCAGAGAAAAUGAGAAGGCCAAAUCUAUUUUCCGAAGGCUGGAGUCGGCAGUCACUCCGCUGGUGUCGGUGGAGUUCGGCGACCACAGAGACGCAGCCGGCGGGAUGUCAUCGCGUCUGUCUUUCUCUCAGUACCGUUUAGAGGCGGAGGUCGACCGCUGCCGCGCCGAGUGUCAGUGGGAUAAAAUCCCGUCUUUAGUGGAGCAGCUCACUGCCGCGCGAGUGCACGAGGAUGAUGAUUUCAGGACACUGUUGCUGGCAGAAGCUCUGCUGGAGGAAUGUCUGCUGGAGAACAUGACCCUGUUGAAGAAUUCUACUCCUUUGACUGAACAUUCACAGCCCAAACUAGCCCGAGCCAAAGCUCACCUUGACAGCAUCCUUUGCAAGGGACGUCUGGAGCCACGCUACCUGAAUGAAGCUCUGCUACUGCUGGCAAAAGUGUACUAUGUACAGGGACGCUACAGGGACGCGCAGGGCAUGUGUGCCAAAGCGGGUGUUGAUGAUUUCACACGCCAAGAGCAGCCUCUAUACCAGCUACGCAUGCUAGCAGAGGCUUUUGUCAUCAAAGGUUUGUCUUUGGACCAUCAGCCUAUGUCUGGUGCUUCCCGAGUUAGACUGUCUGAAAGAGAUGAAGAGUGCCUGACCUGUUACCUCAUGGCCUGUGAUGCUGGGCUGUUGUACCUUCAAGAGCUAGACAAGACUGUAUGCACACCAAGUUCCAAAACACCUAAAAGCGGUUCAUCAGUCCCUCCCCUUGAUUUGGACCCGGGCUACUUCCUCCAGGCAGCUCUUCAGAGUGCAUACUUGUCACUGCUGCGCAAAGGUCACUUGGCUCAGGGUACACACCAGCUGAGGCAGGUCAUGAGGGUUGUGGAGAGUCGGGGGUCUCAAACAUUUCGUAAGACAGUCGCGCGCAGGCUUGCAGAAGUGUUGUUGGGUUCAGUGAGUGAGGACGCUUACUGGGGUCCACUGUCCCCUCCACCGGCUGGCUGGCUGAAGAGAGAGGGAGCCACACACCCCAAAGAUGCCAUCUACCCCUCAUCCAGACCACCACAGCGCUACAACACUGAGGGAGCUUUCUGUCCGCAAGACGUGGUGGAAGAGGCGGUGCUGUUGCUCCUCAUUACAGAAUCAAUGGCAAGUGGCGAGGCGGUGAUCAGCCGCACACCAGAGCACCGGGAAGUGAGAGAGUCCAGCAUGCUGGAUGCCUCCUCUGUCUAUGACCUGCUGAGCAUUGGCAUGGCCAGGAGGAGGCAGUACUCCAUGCUCUCAGAGUGUUUGGAGCGGGCAAUGAAGUUCUCCUAUGAUGAGUUUCAUUUAUGGUACCAGCUUGGUUUGUCUUUGAUGGCAAGUGGGAAGAAUGAGGGUGCGGUGUCGGUCCUUAAACAGUGCGCUACCAUGAGACCGAAGGACCCCAUACCACCUCUGCUAGCAGCCAAAGUGUGCAUCAACCAUCUGCACUGGUUUGAGGAGGCAGUGUCUCUCGCAGGAAGUGUGGUUGGCUUAGGAGAGUAUGCUGAGGAGUCUCUACCUCGAGCUCAUUUGGCCAUCGGACUGGGCUGUAGUCUGCAGGCCUCUGAUGCUACACUGAAAGCAGAUCAGGACGAGUUCAACAGAAGAGCGCUGCGCUCACUGAAAAAGGCACGCUCUUUAGACCCUCAGGACCCUCAGAUCUCCUUUUACCUCUCUCUGCAGCUUGCCCUCGUGCGACAGGUGUCAGAAGCGAUGGAGCCCUUGCAGUCGGCUCUGACAGUACGAGGAGAUGACCUGCACUCUCUACACCUGCUGGCUCUUCUGCUCAGUGCCCAGAAACACUACCAACAUGCCCUGGAUACACUUAAACUCGCCCUCUGCCAGUACCCAGACAACUUCAAUCUUCUUUUUACCAAAGUGAAGCUGGACGAAGCUUUGUUCGGCCCGGCAGUAGCUUUACAGGCAUGUGAAGGAUUGCUGCACUUGUGGCAGAGUCGCUAUGACUUCACUCGACUCAGUGAAGAGGAUGACAAUAGCAGUAUACCACCUGAUCCAGGCCCUCUUAGCAGGAAAGGAAGCGGCCUCCAUCUCACACUCCCAGACUUCCAAGAGACAGAGACUGGGUCUCAGAGCGCUCCGUCUUUAGCUGUGUCACGUCUGGAGCAGGCCAUGUCUGAGGUAUCUGCCCUUAGCUCCACCCACAGACAGGGCCCCGCCUACAUUUGGACCACCCUGGAACGCAUAUGGCUGCAAGCAGGGGAGUUGUUCGUGGCUGAUGGGCGGAUGAAGGAGGCUCAGUUCUGUGUGCAGGAGGCAGGAACUCUUUUCCCCACCUCACACUCAGUGCUGCUGCUGAAAGGCCGUCUGGCCGAGCUCAGGGGCAACGACACAGAGGCCAAGACCCUGUAUGAUGAAGCUCUCGCCAUCAACCCCAGAGGACACCACAUACUGCUGCACCUGGGGAAGUUGUUGGUGCGCACAGGCCGUGUGGGUCUCGGGGAGAAGGUGCUGAGGGACGCAAUACAGGUCCAGAGCACGGCGCAUGAGGCCUGGAGCGGGCUGGGAGAGGCGUUGCAGAGCAGAGGCAGUCCACAGGCUCCCGACUGCUUCCUCACCGCACUGGAGCUCGAGUCCAGCUGCCCUAUACGACCCUUUACCAUCAUCCCACGAGAACUCUGACACCCGUCCAUAGUGUCUCAGACACACAUACACACACUAAUACAUGUACGUACAUGAAAGGAAUGUGUAUGAUUGGAAUGAAUGAUGGAAUAUCAUACACCAAUACAAACAUACACCACUAUGCAUAUCUUUGAACACUCAAUUCAGAAUGAACACUUGAAGGAUUUUCUUUGUAAAUGUAACACGUUUUAAUGCAGGUAUGCUGAAAAACACACUCAGAUGAGUCUUUUUGUUUCUCAGGGAAAAAAUUAUUGAAUCAUUCCAGUCAUAGCUCACUUUAAACUAAAUUCUUUUAGUAUUUAAACUGUAUGCCCAAUAAUCUGCUGCACUGUAUGUUGGUUAAAGUUCGUUCUUCCCAUAAAGAAUGAUUUUGAAAUCC